CUGUAGUCAGUUGACUGUCUCCUUUGCACUGGAUCACUGUCCUCUGACAACCUCCCUACCUCCCUGUUUCCCUUGGCAAAAACGAAGCUAAGUUAUAGUGUGCAUGUUUGUUGCUGGACAACCCUUCAGUGUGUGAAGAACAUCCAGUGUGUGGACUACAGUCUUGGCUUGGACAUUGUGUGUGUAUGUUUGCAUGUGUGUGACCCAGUCUCAAGCCUCUCCUUGCAGCUGCCAACCUCAGAUGCUCAGUUGUAAAAAUUAUAGGUAUGAAGACCUGUUUACUGAUCCUUUGCUUGUUGGCCUCAGCAAUCACUGUGUCUGUCAAAAGCAAACCUCAUGGCAAACAAGUUUUAUCCAAGUCUUCACACAUAGUUAAAGAGAAGGAAAUUAUUUCAGAUGAGGCCAAUGAAGGAGAAGUACUUCCCACGUUCAUGACUUUCGAGGCCAGUAGUCAGGAGCAGGAUGAGGACAUGAGUUAUGAGGACAAUGCCAAUGUUGGUCCCUAUAAGGAUAAGGGGGUGUUCGUGGUGUCUAGCGGUGGUGAAAGGAGCAUCCCGGUCCUGCUGAGCCAUGAGGCCCUAGUGGAUCUUCUCCAGGAGGAGUCAGAGGAAGAAGAGGUACAAGAGGAGGAGGAAAAGCAAGGGGAAAAUAAAGAGCCCAAGGAGACUCAGUUAAAAGCAACCCAGUUGAGGGGGGAAGAAGAAGAAGCAGAGGGAGAUUCUGAGAAAAAGGAGAAUGAGGAGGUCUUAGAAGAGGAAGAAGAGGAGGAAAAGUCUAAAGUGGCAGAGAUGAAGGGGGUGGUAGAAGACUCUGAGGUAAAUUUGGAUAAGGAGGAGGAUGUGGAAGGGGUAGAAGGGGUAGGAGAGAAGGAGCCUGAGGAAACACAAUCUGAAGUGGAGAAGGAGAAGAGGGAGGGAGAAGGAGUGGAAGGAGUUUCAGGGAAGGAGGAAGGGGAUGAAGAUAUGGUAGACAAUAAAGAGGGAGAGGCAGAAAAAAAGGACAAGGUGGAAAAGAUUGAGGUGAUGGAGGACAAGGAGGAGGAGGCAGUUGAGGUGAAAGAGGAGGAGAAAGAGGAGAAACUUGUGGUGGAGCAAAGAGGAGUUGAGGAAGAGGCCAUAGUUGAAGAGACAGAGAGCAGUACUGCGCCCGAGACACCAGCUGAUCUGGACUACACUGAUGACAGUGAUGUCACACAGCCCCUGAAGACUGAACUCGAUGAAGGGAAACCCCUUACCAAAGAUGCUAAAAUUGUCUCAAAAGAGAAACAGCCGCCAAAGGCAGAAGAGAAAGAAGAGCAAUUUAGUAAGAAAGAUGAGAUCCCCACUGUGACCGAUGACUAUGAGGCCCAACAAGACAUGCAAGGUGCAGAGGGGACUGAAAGCCAGGAAGAGCAUUACCAGGACAAACUCCUUGAUGGAAACAAGGACCAGGAGAAAGGUUCCAAGGAUGAUUCCAGAGACAAGGGGUUCCAUAUUAAAGAUGCAGAUACAUACAGUGACCUACAGGAAACAAAGAACAGCGUGGAUCUUAAUGGGGCACAUCUCCCCGUAGAAGGUGAAGGAGAGAGUGAGGCGAAGAACAGGAAUGAGAGUGCCAGUCACACCAAAGGCAAAGCCAGGAAGCACAGUAAGAACCACAGGGUAAGGAAACACCCUCCACAAAGGGAUGAGGCACUGCAAGAAGAGGGAGUCCCUGACCACCAGGCAGAAAUUGGUGAGAAGGACUACCACCACACCCCAGACAAUGCUGUUUACAAGCCCAAGAGGAGAAGAGCAGGAAAAUGGGCUACUCUGGUGGGCAUGAACCCAGUCCAGGUCAGGGCAACUGUGGAGCUCUAUCCAAGUGCGAGGCCGUUGAUGGUGGCCAGCUUGUACAGCCCGGAAUCUUCUGCUGCCGAUGCUUGUGAGCAAUUCCGUUGUAAACGUGGAAAGACCUGUUCUCUUAACGAGGAAAAGAAACCUAUGUGUGUGUGUCAAGAGCCUUCUGCCUGUCCACUGAGUAGCAAUGACUUUGAUCAUGUAUGUGGGACUGAUAAUGUCACAUAUGACACAUCGUGUGAGCUUUUUGCCACCAAGUGCAACCUGGAAGGCACCAAGAGAGGCCAUAGACUUCACUUGGACUACACUGGACCCUGCAAAUUCAUAGCACCGUGUAUGAAUGCAGAGUUGGUCCAGUUUCCAUUACGAAUGCGUGACUGGCUGAAAAACGUUUUGCUGCAGCUCUUUGAACAUGACUCCAUGUCCCCUGACUUCCUCACCCCCAAGCAGCGCAUCAGAGUAAAAAAGAUCCAUGAGAGUGAGAGGCGUCUCCAUGCGGGGGAACACCCUAUUGAACUGUUGGCCCAGGACUUUGAAAAAAACUAUAACAUGUACAUCUAUCCUGUGCACUGGCAGUUUGCCCAGAUGGACCAGCACCCUUCUGACAGGUUCCUUUCGCACUCUGAGCUGGCCCCCCUGAGAGUCCCAUUAGUCCCCAUGGAGCAUUGCACAUCUCGUUUUUUCCAGGAGUGUGAUGCUGACGAAGACAAGAUGGUCUCCUUCAGGGAGUGGGGCCACUGCUUUGGCAUUAAGGAUGAGGACAUGGAUGUCAACCUGCUCUUCUAAGUCCGAUCAUUACCUCCAUAAGCAACCGACUAAGUAAAUAACAUGUUCCACUUCAAUCAUGGCAGUACUACAAACCUUAAUAGGCGGUAGAUUGAAUUAUGCUGAUUCAAACUGGGUGUUUGGGACUCUCUGCCAAUGUAGCCUGAUGGAACCAGCUUGAUCGCGUCAUUCCCCAUUCUCUUUAACCUCAUGUUAUGUCACACGUGAAGACAAACUGUUAAAUGCAGCAAUCAGGUUUGUUCCACCUGGCUACUGGUAAGUACAUUACACAAAAAAAGAUGGACCACUGUCUUUUCAUGUUUUCAUUAAUGGAAGUAGAGUUUAUUUUCUUUCAAUCAGACAAUGGUAGAGCAUAUUUGGAUCUAUAAAAAUGUGGAUGUUCUGAGAAAAAAUAUAGUAUGCUGAUAAACAUAAAAGUAGAUUAGGUGAUGAGAAAAAAAUGUAAAAAUAAUUAACAAUGAUAUCAGUGUUAUAAACACAUUCCAAGGGGAGUUAAGUUUACGAGUGCAUUCUGUAGAUGACCGAAUGUAAUAAUGUAUGUAAUAAUUUCUAAAGGAGACAUUUUAGGGCAGUAUAUGUAAUAUAUUCUGAUGUUGACAGAAGUUGUAAGUUGAAUGCUGGGAUCUGUUUGUUUUUUUACUUCUUCUCACAUUUAUUUCACUAACCAUUCUAAU